AUGUCCAUAACAGAUGCCCAGGCAGUGGAGGAGGCCUGUGUCUCUGUCCUCAGCAGCCGCUCAGCCCGGCGGAUGGACCCCAGCAGGUCGGUGCCGGCGGAGCUGAAGUUCCGCAAGCCCUCUCAGCGGGCCAGGAUCCCGGCGCCCUUCCUCGCCCACCCGGACGGGGUGACUGGGCCGGUGGGACCCCCCGGGUCGGACCCCGCGGAGGCGGACGUGGACUCCCUUGUGCCCACGCACGACGAGCGGGGCCGGCUCAUCCCCGAGUGGAAGCGGCAGGUGAUGGUGCGGCGGCUGCGGGCCCGGCUGCGGGACGAGGCGGCGGGAGGGCAGGAUACAGCCGCCUGGAGCUUCUCGCCCUCCCACCAAGCCAUGCUGGGCCCCUUCGGGGAGCUGCUGACCGAGGCGGACCUGCAUCAGCUGGAGAGGGCGGUGGAGAGCCUGCGGCUGCGGCGACGCGGCGAGGUGUACCAGAGCGAGCUGCGGCGCUUGGCGCGGGAGCUACGUGCCCUCCUGCCCGCCCCGCUGCUCAGCAUCUCCGUCCGCAGCCCCCCGCCCGCCCCCGGGCAGCCCCUGCCCCUCUGGUGCGGCCGCCUGGCCGGCGCCGUCAGCAGCCUGGCCGCGCUGCUGGGCCACGCCGAGGGGGUGUGGGGGUCCCGCGCUGUCGCCGCCGCCCCUGUCGCUGACCCCGCUCCCCUUGUCGCCGGCGGGCAGCCCCGGGAGCCGGCGGGCAGCCUGGCGCAGCGGGAGAUCCGGCAAUGUGGAGUCUGCGUCCGCAGCUUGCGCGGCGCCUUCGAGUCCGCCUGGGGGGCGGCGGGGGCCGCGCCGGCCGGGAGCGGCGAGGGGGAGGCCGCCAGCGACUCGGGCAUCAGCUGCGAGGAGGCGUUUUCUGACGGCGGCGGCACGGGGCCGGGGCCGGGGCCGGUGUCGGUGUCGGUGUGCGGCAGCCUAAGGAAGGAACGGAUCGUGAUGCUCUUCCUGAGCCACUGGAGACGCUCCGCCUACGCGCCCCCCCGGCCCGCCGGGGACCCUCGGCAGACGGCGGGGAGUGGGGCGGCCCGCUUGGAGCGGCAGCGGGCGGCCAUUCAGAGGCUCCUGGGCUCCUGGCGGGACGCCGUCUGCCGCCGCCCCCCGCCGCCGCCCCCCGCCCGUGCCCUGCUGUCACCGGAGCAGUUCGUGGCGGCGGCGGGGGGCGGCCCGGCCGAGUACGAGAGCUUGUCGCUGGAGAUGUUCAUGCUGGGCUAUUUCCGCAUCUUGGAACAGGAGCUGCCCCCCGAGGAGCGCCGCGGCCGCCACCUGCUCUGCUUCGAGGUGUUCGAGCAGCUGGGCCGGCACGGCUGGCGGGCGGUGCGCGCCUUCCACCGCGCCGUCACCGACGAGAUCGCGGCUGGGAGGCGCAGCUGGCGCGACGGCUUCGACGACAUCAAGGCACGGUACUUCGGGUCCUCGCAGAGCCCGGCCCAGCGGCCGGGGGAGGCCGGGGAGGAGGGGGAGGAGAUUUGCCGCUACAUCGAUCGCAGCUUCGCCUUUUGGAAGGAGAAAGAGGCCGAGAUCUUCAGCCUGGAGGAGUGAUGCCGGCGGGCUGCGGAGUGCUGUGGAGGCCGCGGGAUGCAAUAAACACCUUCUCGGUUCUCUUCUA